UUCAGUGCUAGCCAUGUCAUCAACAAUGACGUCUGAUAACGACAAGAAAUAAGCAUCUGGGGGGGGGGGGGGGUCUUUAUCAGUUUGGUUAGCGUCGCUCAUCUUGUUCUGACCUGUAAAGGAGAGCGCUGAGGGAAUCAACAGAAGGCGAGCUGCUGGAGAGAUGAGAAUUUCAAGGUCCAAUAUUAAGAAUUGUUUCUUGGUAUUUUGUGCAAGCCUUCUGGUUGCAAGAAGCUGCCAUGGUUCUAAGCAUGUUGCCUUAUUUAUCUUUGGAGAUUCAUUAUAUGAUGCUGGAAACAAUAAGUACAUCGAAGAUGCUCCUAUCUUUUCAGAUUUCUGGCCAUAUGGAGAAACCUUCUUUAAGCAUCCCACAGGAAGGCCUUGUGAUGGUCGAUUAAUUCCAGAUUUUAUUGCUCAAUAUGCAAAUUUACCUUUACUUCCGCCAUAUCUACAACCUGGUGACCAUCAAUUUAUGGAUGGAGAAAACUUUGAGUCAAAAGGGGAUCUUGCUCUUGCUGAAAAUCUUCCAGGAAUGGUGAUAAGCUCUGAAAUACAACAACAUCUACAAUCCAGUAAUCAUCGAUUUAUAAAUGGAGUGAACUUUGCAUCAUCUGGAGCUGGUGCUCUUGUUGAAACUCAUCAUGGAUGGGUGAUUAACCUUAGCACUCAACUAAGCUAUUUCAAGCAUAUGAAAAGGCGGAUAAGGCUUCAACUAGGUGAAGCAAAAGCUAAAAAAUUGCUGUCCACAGCAGUUUACAUGUUCAGCAUUGGAGGCAAUGACUACUUCGCAGCUCUAACACCAACGCACAGUUUGCUUCAAUUAUAUUCAAGAGAAGAGUAUGUUGGGAUGGUUAUUGGCAAUAUAACAACAGUGAUCCAAGAAAUAUACAAGACAGGAGGAAGGAGAUUUGGAUUGUCAACGUUGAUUGCUUUGGGUUGUCUGCCAUCCUUGAGAGCAGCUAAACAGGAAAGAACAGGUGUGUCAGGCUGCUUGGAUGAAGCUACAAUGUUUGCAAAGCUACACAACAGAGCACUCCCUAAAGCACUCAAAGAGCUUGAGGGACAACUAGAAGGAUUUAGAUACUCAAUUUUUGAUGCCUAUGUUGCAGGAAGGGAGAGAAUUAAUAACCCUUCAAAAUAUGGUUUCAAGGAUGUUCAAGAGGCAUGUUGUGGCAGUGGUCCUUACAGAAGCUUCCCUACUUGUGGUCAGAAAGGAUAUCAAUUAUGCGACAAUGCAAGUGAAUAUUUCUUCUUUGAUUCGGCUCAUCCAACUGAGAGUGCCAACAAUCAAUUUGCGAAGCUAAUGUGGAGUGGAAGUCUUGACAUCGUGAAGCCUUACAAUCUUAAAACACUGUUUGAGGAAUAGCCGAAAAUAGAGUUUAUUUUUUAACGAAAUGCUACGUUA